AUGGAAACACCCUUCUACAGCGAUGAGGCGCUGAGCGGCCUGGGCGGCGGCACCAGCGGCACUGGCGGAGGUGGCUUCGCGUCCCCGGGCCGCCUUUUUCCCGGGGCGCCCCAGACGACGGCGGCGGCUGCGGCCGGCAGCAUGUUGAAGAAGGACGCGCUGACACUGAGCCUGAGCGAGCAGGUGGCGGCAGCACUCAAGCCCGCGGCCGCACCGCCCCCGGCCCCUCUACGCGCCGACGGCGCCCCAGGCACGGCGCCCCCCGACAGCCUUAUGACUUCGCCAGACCUGGGGCUUCUGAAGCUGGCUUCGCCUGAGCUCGAGCGCCUCAUAAUCCAGUCCAACGGGCUGGUAACUACUACGCCGACCAGCACGCAGUUCCUGUACCCCAAGGUGGCGGCCAGCGAAGAGCAGGAGUUCGCCGAAGGCUUCGUUAAAGCACUGGAGGACCUGCACAAGCAGAACCAGCUAGGCGCUGGCGCCGUGGCCGCCGCGGCCGCCGCCGCCGGAGGGCCUUCUGGGGCGGCUGCGGCUUCGGCUCCCUCCAGUGAGCUGGCCCCGGCGGCGCCCACGCCGGAGGCACCCGUCUACGCGAACCUGAGUAGCUACGCGGGCGGCGCGGGCGCGGCCGGGGGCGCAGCCACGGUGGCUUUCGCCGCCGAGCCCGUGCCCUUCCCACCGCCGCCGCCGGGUGCGCUGGGGCCGCCGCCGCGCCUGGCCGCGCUCAAGGACGAGCCGCAGACGGUGCCUGAGGUGCCGAGCUUCGGCGAGAGCCCGCCGCUGUCGCCCAUCGACAUGGACACGCAGGAGCGCAUCAAGGCGGAACGCAAGCGCCUGCGCAACCGCAUCGCCGCCUCCAAGUGCCGCAAGCGCAAGCUGGAGCGCAUCUCGCGCCUUGAGGAGAAGGUGAAGACGCUCAAAAGCCAGAAUACGGAGUUGGCGUCCACAGCUAGUCUGCUGCGCGAGCAGGUGGCGCAGCUCAAGCAGAAGGUUCUCAGCCACGUCAACAGCGGCUGCCAGCUGCUGUCCCAGCACCAGGUGCCCGCGUACUGA